UCCCGUGCGUCUCCGAGGCGAUGCUGUUCUCCAAAACGCAGAAGCAGCAUUACGCACGGCGAUGUGACAGCAGAGGAACGACUGUGUUUGUGGACUGCGUUCUUCUCGUUUUCAGAACUCCACAUGCCCUCAGGGGCUACUGGGAGGACCUGUGAUGAAGGGUUUGCUAUCUGAGGAGAUACUUAUCUGCAGGCACUGUGUCUUAUGUGGGCUACGCUCCGUCUGUGCUGACCAGGAGCGUUACGCGCAACGUGUCUCCAUGACUUAGAGGAAGGCAGCUCAGCGCACCCAGUCCUCGCUCUUUUGGAAAGGAAACGGGUGCAAAACAACAAACAUGACACGAGAGGACAAAUUGGAGCCAGAAUGGAUUUAACGCAGUUAAAUCUGUUUGUGGAAAACGUUUCCAGCGAUGAGAACACCACGGACGCACCGCUUGCCUUGCCACACACGGAGGUUGCCACUGCGCUCAUCAUCCUCGUGGUUACUGUCAUUAUUUCGGUGACCAUUGUCGGAAACGUGUUAGUGAUUGUAGCGGUGCUGACCAGCCGUGCUCUCCGUGCGCCCCAGAACCUUUUCCUGGUGUCUCUGGCCUCAGCGGACAUCCUGGUGGCCACGCUGGUCAUCCCUUUCUCCCUCGCCAAUGAGGUCAUGGGCUACUGGUACUUUGGGAGUACUUGGUGCGCCUUCUAUCUGGCUCUGGACGUGUUGUUCUGCACCUCGUCCAUCGUGCACCUGUGCGCCAUCAGCCUGGACCGCUACUGGUCCGUGACAAAGGCGGUCAGCUACAACCUGAAGCGGACACCAAAGCGCAUCAAGUCCAUGAUCGCUGUGGUGUGGGUAAUCUCCGCUGUCAUCUCCUUCCCUCCUCUCCUCAUGACCAAACAUGAUGAACGGGAGUGCCUGCUGAACGAUGAGACCUGGUACAUCCUCUCCUCCUGCCUGGUGUCCUUCUUCGCCCCGGGUCUCAUCAUGAUUCUGGUUUACUGUAAGAUCUACAAGGUAGCUAAGCAGCGCUCCUCCACCGUGUUCGUGGCCAAGAACGGCCUGGAGAGGCAGCCCUCUCAGUCCGAGACCUGUUUCGUCAGGAAGGACCGGUUCGAGAUGGAGAGCCCCAGCAGCCAGAGCUCCGGCAGCCACCAGCAGAGGCAAGGGGAGCUGGACGACAUCGACUUGGAGGAGAGCUGCUGUCCGUCGGAUACUAAACCCCGCAAUCAUCGCUUCACCAAGCGGAGAAAGGUGGAGGGGUCAGACUGCUGCCCUCCUCAGAACUGCCGUCUGUCCUGGGCUUCGGCCCGGGCGUUACAGCUCUACCCGGAGCAGAAGAACCCAGCUGGGCGACAGCAGCUGGCCGCGGCGAACAAAACCAAAGUGGCCCAGAUGCGGGAGAAACGCUUCACCUUCGUGCUUGCGGUAGUGAUGGGGGUGUUUGUGCUUUGCUGGUUCCCGUUCUUCUUUACUUACACCCUGCACGCUAUCUGCAGAGACAGCUGCUACAUCCCUGGCGCACUUUUCAACCUUUUCUUUUGGAUUGGCUACUGCAACAGUUCCGUGAACCCCAUAAUAUACACUAUUUUCAACAGGGAUUUCAGGAAAUCCUUCAAGAAAAUCAUAUGCAGAACUUCAAAACGCACAUAAACACAGAAAGGGUUCCUGGAACAAAUGUGUUUUUGGACGACAAACAAUGCUUGGAUUGAAUUACACUGUUAGAGCUCAUUCUUCUUGGUUGACUGUCUCCCCUAGAUCAUUUUAAUGUAACUAUUAUCAUAAUGAAAAAAGUCCCAGUGUUCUGUGAAAAGUCUGUGAAUAAAAUGUAAAGUUUA